GCGUGAAGAUGGAGAUUGAUUAGAGAAACUAUUUUCCGGAAGUAGCAGAGAGACCCCUUUUUGGCCUUUGCCUGUUUGUUUGCCACUAUUUCUCUUUCUCUCUCUAAUCGAUCGCAUGGUGAAGAAGCUUCAGAGAUCGUUAACCUAAAUUUUUCCAGUGACUUUAUCUCCAUCUCUCUCUAUUUGGAUCCAGUUAGUCUUUUUCAGAGCUUAUAGAAGAACCCGAAAGGGAGAACGAGUAAACCCUAGAAUUUUUCUUUGGUUUUAACAGGAUUCUUAUUAGGGAGCUUAGAUUUUGUGGGCAUUCGGCUAUGAUUGUUUGAUUUCUUGGCGUAGAAAAAUAUUGAUUCCGUAGAUGUACAUAAAGAUGUGCUUUGUAGUUUGAAUUGGGGAAUUUAAUUUUUCUCUUUCUUUUUUCUUGAAAUUAGUGGCUUCUGAAAGUUUGGAUUAGCUGGAUCGGGAAAUGGAAUUUGCUUGACAUUUAGGGUUUUGAGAAUUUGCGGGGUUGGAUUUUUGGUGAUUUGGUUCGAUUGGGAUUGGGGAAUCUGUUUGGACGAGCUGUUGUUAUGAAUAUCUUUCGGGGUUAAAUUCCGUUGUUUCGUUUAUUGAAAAUGCUUUUACUGGGUUAGGAACUGGAAUAGCUCUGAGUACAUAUAUAUGUAUUGGAGCUCUUUUUUGACAAAGGUCUUUGGAUUGACUCAUGUGCUAUAGGUUUUGGUUUUUGCAUCAUCGAUUUGGCUUGAACUAUAGCUUAUUGUAACGAAAGGUGGGUUUUGUGGUUGAGAGAACAGAGAAUAGGUUAGUCAACUGUAGUAGGAUUAUUGUUUGCAAGAAGGUUUUGCAAAAUGAGCUUAGAAAAUGAAGACCUACACUUACCAGAUCAGCCUCCUACUGAAAUGAUAGAUGAAAUUCAAAAGAAGUUAAAGAUCUCAUACACGAGAGAUUUUCUGUUGUCCUUAAGUGAUUUAGAUGUUUGCAAGAAGUUACCAAGUGGGUUCGACCGGUCACUUUUAAGUUAUACCUUGCGGUCCAAAUGCGUGUCCUCUGUCAGUGAAUUGGAGGAUGCUUCCCUUGACCGGCAAAGAACUGCUGGUGGACUAUCACUGAAUAGUUUCAGGCGUAAUGAGUAUGGGUCAUCCCCACCCACUAGAGGUGAUUCAACUGGCUAUAAUCGGGGAGUUCAGGGAAGAUGGGAAAGUCGUUCCUCUGGACGAAGUGACAAAGAUGGUGACUCACAAUCUGAUUGGGAUUCAGAAUCUGGAAAGCGAUACGGCAACCAAUCCAGGCGGCCGUGGCAGGUACCUGAGCAUGAUGGACUUCUAGGAAGUGGUUCCUUUCCAAGACCAUCUGGAUAUGCUGCAGGAGCAUCAGCACCCAAGGUUAGACAGAAUGAAAGCUACCAGCAUAACAGAACUACUGAACCAUACCAACCUCCCCGUCCGUACAAGGCUGUACCUCACUUGCGUAGGGAGGGUAAUGACUCAUUGAAUGAUGAAACAUUUGGUUCUUCUGACUCUACAAGUGAAGAUAGAGCAGAAGAGGAAAGAAAGAGAAGAGCUUCUUUUGAAAUAAUGAGGAAGGAACAACAUAAAUCAUUGCAAGAGAAACAAAAGUUUAAUAUAGAUAAGAGUAGAGUUGAUUUUGACAUUUCUACCCUGCGGGAGGAAUCCAAAGAAGAGAGGAAAAGCAGUGGAUCAGAUGAGGUUGCAAUACCUCUGGGUUCAGAUAAUGAUUCUGAAAAAUCAUCUGUUCUUUCACAAACUCCUGCAUCCAGACCACUUGUGCCCCCAGGUUUUAAGAGUACAGUUAUAGAUAAAAGUCUCGGAUCAAAAUCUAACCAUGCCCAUGCAGCAGUGUUUGGAAAUUCUGAACGCGAGGAUAGUCUUUUGCGUGGCAAAAGCAACUCUUCUGCUAAUGCAGCUUCUAAUGACCAACAGGAGAAACAGAUAGUUAAAGAAAUUGGUUCGAGGAAGCAGCAAUAUGAAAGUAUAAGCAAUCGUGGCUCAAUUGAUAAUCAUAGUGGAAAGGAUCUAGACUUAUCAUCUGCUCUAGAUGUUUCAGAUAAAUCAUUUGGCACUGAUAGCAUACUGUACAACAAAACUAAUAUUACACAAGCCUUUGAAGAUUCAACAAUUAGCGAGCCUGUAGAGCUUAAUGCUGAGAAGGUAACUGUGCCUUCAAUUUUGGGCGAGUCUAGUCAGAAUCCUUCUACUUCAAUCCUGGAUAAGCUUUUCGGCAGUGCAUUAACGUUAAGUGUUGCUGGCUCUUCUAGUUCCCUUGAGCAUCAUGAUAAUUCAGUAGAUGAGACACAGAGCCCAGACUCUGUACAAUCUUCCAAGUUUGCUCAUUGGUUUCAUGAAGAAGAAAGGAAACCUAGCAACAAUCAGUCAACUGGACAGCCAAAUAACUUGCUCUCAUUGAUAGUUGGCAGUGAAAAAGAUGGAUCCCGAGUAUCUGGGAACACGAGUGACAAUAUUCUACCUAAUCUUCCCUUCCAAAACUCUGAAAUAUCAGAGAAACUUAUGACCUCAGAUGUGGGAUCUGCCACAGUCGGUAGUAUCGAUCAGUUGUACAAGAAUAAUAAAUCACAGCCAGUUUCUGCAGUUCUUACGUGUGAAGAUCUUGAACAGUCGAUUCUGUCAGGAAUUGGUGACAAUAGUUCAAUCAUACAACCACCUGUUCAAAGCCGCAGGGACCCCGAUGGGAAGACUAAGCAGCCAAAAGUUAAUACUGAUGAUCUUGCAUCCCAGCACCUCCUUUCAUUAUUACAAAAGGGGACUAGCCUGAAAGAAAUGGAAUCAUCCUCCAAUCUAGACAAGUCGUCUUCUGACAGUUUUUAUGAUGACAAAGACCCAAGUAUUGGCAGUGCACUUCUCAAUUCCAGAGAGGGUAAAGUCGAAAAUGUUUCUGACUCAGCAAAGUCUUUAACUCUUGAAACACUAUUUGGGUCUGCUUUUAUGAAGGAGUUGCAAUCAGUUGGAGCUCCAGUCUCCAUCCAAAGGGGUCCAGUUGGAUCUUUGAAAAAUGAUGUCUCUGAUCCCCAUAGACUUCCUUUUCCUGUUGUAGAUAAUUUCCUCCCAUCUUCAAAUGACAUAGGAUUUAGCACCACUGUUCAUGAUAUCAGUGGUUUGACAGCAAAUAAAAGGAAGCAAACCAAGUUCGAUAACAUUGAAGAGCAGUGGUUAAGCUUUGAUAACUCCCAAGCGGAACAAAAUACAUCACAUCUUCGUACUAACUUAGGGUCUAAGGUUGUUGGAUUUAAUGUGCCUGCUGGUGUUGCGCUUCCUGAAGAGGAUAGCUUGAUUACAGCGAGUGUUCCUCUGAAUGUUGAAAACUUUAUGCCGUCUGGGAAUACAGUUAAAACUGAGAUGCUCUCAUCUGCAAAUCCACAAGUCGACUUUGUUGAAAAGUUGGCAUCCUUCAAUUCCUCCUUUGGAGAUGAAAGAUCUAUUAGGGGAGGUCAAGAACCACCUUUCCUUCGUGGUCCUUACGAUAGGACAGAGUCCAGUAAUCCUUACCAGAAUCUUAAUGUUCAACCAUCUUUUCCUCAGCUCCAUCAACAAUUGAAUAACAUGGGGCCUUUGUUCCAUCAUUUAGAUUCACAUCCUGUUAAUGUUGGUUCCCAGAUGAAGUUUAUGGGUCCAGAAGCUGCCACUCAUCAUGAUCCUGCGCCAAAUCACCAAAUUCCUGUGAAUAUGCUUCGUCCUUCUUUCCAUCACUCUGGCCCUGGACUAUCUGGGUUUGAUCAACCCAUUCCUCACCCUCUGUUGCAGCAGAUGCACAUGGCAGGCAGUUUUUCACCUAACCUUCUGCAAGGAUUACACAGGGGUCCAUCACUGCCUACACAUCCGAACCGAAGUGCUCCUAUGCCUGCUCACCCAAACUUCGGUAGUGUUGGCAUGCCACAACCAGCACCUGAUAUUGGCAGUGGAAGCAACCAUCCAGAGGCAUUUCAAAGGCUUAUCGAAAUGGAGCUCAGGUCAAAUUCAAAGCAGAUUCAUCCCUUUGCUACAGGUGGUGGGGGUCCUGGUCCUGGUCCUGGUGGACACAGUCACGGGAUGUAUGGUCAUGAGCUGGACAUGGGUUUUGGGUUUAGAUAGUAGAUAUAAACGCCUGUGUACAUCACUGUAUUCAUUGUCUUUUGCUCAGAUCUGCAACUCUCAUCGUGGAAAAUGGUCUUUCUUUAUCCUUCCCUUUUUCCUCCAUUCCCUCUUAUUCUCACCUUUCAUUCCCUCUUAUUCUCACCUUUCAUUCCCUCUUAUUCUCACCUUUCCUUUUGGUUGGGAUGGAGAAAAGAUAAAUGGUGUUUCACUUUUAGCAGGACUGGACGGCGUCAGUGUAUGAAUUUUUCUUGCAAUUGCCAUUUACUUGAAUGCCUAGCUUUUGAAACCCAAA